ACAAUAAUACUCACCCUUUCAUUUUCCCUCUCUCUAAAACCCAAACCCUAGCUUCAUUUUUUCCUUCAGGUUUGAUUUGAGCGUUUGCGUUCGCUUUCUCUUUUUCUUUCCACAUUUGUAAAGAAGUUAUACGCAAUUUGGUUUCUCUACUUUAGGGUUUUCCUUUUAUUGAGGAGUUGAUAAAUUGUCGUGUUGUUUUGCUCAAGUUACAUGUGAACUAUUUCCUCAUCAAACGGCAGUGGCAAAGCAAUGACUCCUGGAACUGACAAUGUAUUGAAUUUAAAUGACUUGUACAUUCAAGAAGACGACGAAGGCCAAGUUUCUGAUUGUUGUGCAGUGAAAAAGAAAGCUUCAAGAAUUGUGGGCUGGGGACUUCGCCGGUUCAGUAAAAUAGUUUGUAGGAAAGUUGAGGCAAAAGGAAGAACCACAUAUAAUGAGGUUGCAGAUGAUAUUAUGGCAGAAUUGAGAUCUGCUGUUAAUAAUGGUGAACUUGUAGGGUUUGAUGAGAAAAACAUCAGGCGGAGAGUAUAUGAUGCUUUUAACGUCCUUAUGGCAAUUGAUGUUAUUGUUAAGGACAAAAAGGAGGUAAAAUGGACAGGAUUUCGUUCCGGCAGGUCUGAACAGUUGAACAAGUUGGAGGAAGUUCGCUUGGAACUAUUAAGUAGGAUUGGAAAAAAGACAAAUUUUCUAAAAGAAUUAGAGAACCAAUUUGUAGACCUCCAGAAUCUCAUGUUGCAAAACCAGAUAAGGCAGAAGUCGCAUAAUAGUUCAGAAGGUGUCAACCUGCCAUUUUUGUUGGUCAAGACAAGUCCCAAGGCGACAGUGGAGAUCCAGAUUUCAGAAAAUUUGCAGUUGGUGCAUUUUGACUUCAACGGGACGCCGUUCACUUUGCAUGAUGAUGCAUCAAUCCUCAAGGCAAUGAGACUACGUACUGAAGCAGAAAGAAUCGAUCACACCAUCGAAAGCUCAUUAGACUGUUCGAACACGAGUUUAUAGUAGUCUUUGAACAGUACAAACUAGUCAUUACUAUUAUAGGUAGACCACUUCUUCUAUCCUAGCUAGUCAGGUACAGCCUGCAUUUUUGUAAUCUUUAGGAUGGAAUAGGCAGAUAAAAUCGUCUAGCUGCUGAUCUUUUGUACAGGAAUAUUUAAGUAUCAGAAUACUAACAAACUAGAAAAUGCCGCAGAUAGUUUGGUCAACGCUAACUGUGCAUGGAUGCACAGCAAAUGCAUUACAUAUAGGAAUUGCUUUGCUUCUAAUCAUAACAUAAUAUUCUGAAAGUGGUUUCGUUUGCGAGAUA